GAAUCGAAUUUUAAUAUAUAUAUUUUAAGAUUAGCAAAUUAAAUAAAAGUUAAAUUUAUUUAGUUAACUUUUAAAAUGUCAGAUUCAUCGGACGAAGAAGACCUUUCUCGUUUUAGAGAUGUAGUGGAUACGACAUUUGAAUUUAAGGGUAACACAUCAAGCAAUGAAAAAGAAAAGCCACGUUCUGAAAGGUAUUUGGAUGUUGCGACGCAUUACAACGAUAUAAAGGUCUCAGAAGAAAUGCAACGGCGUAUUGGCGCUAAGGUAUCAGCAGUGAUUGAUAGAAAUAUAGAAUUUGUUGACAUUAAGAGAAAGUGUGUAAAGGAAACUGAAAUAGAAGGUGGUGUAAAGCUGUUUAGAGAUUCUAAAAGUUUUUUAACAUGCGAAGAAGUAUCAGAUAAAGAUAUUGUAACAGAAAUCCACAAUAAGAUCUCUAAGAGAAUUAAAAGUGCAAGUAAAAGGAGACAAAUUGAUCUUGAUGUUCAGGAACCAAAUGAAAAAGAUAAACUAAACGCAGCUGUAGUGAGUGGUGAUUUUAUUUUAUUAAAAGAAGAAAAAAGUUGGCGACCGAAAAGGAAACAGCACAUUUUUGAAUUUGUAGCAAUAGGGAAGAAAAAGUCAGAUCUUAAUAAUGGUGUCAGGAAACCAAAUACCACUUAACUUUUUUUAUAUGUAAACUAUAAGUAUAGGUUAAGGAAUUACAUUGUAAAUUCUAAAAAAAUAAAACCACAACAUUAAUAUUAACAAAAAUGUAUUUACAAUCAGUUUAUUUAAAAUUUAAAUGUUGAUUAUCACAAUGAACUGCUUUUUAAUUGUUAUACACAAAUAAUGUCUGUAUUUUUAAAUAUUUGAGAUUUAUUUAAAUUCAGAUACACAAUGAACUUCAAAGUUCGUAAGGACUUUUAUUACGAUUAAAAUAAAUAUAAAAUAACUAGAAACAGUAAAUAAGUUUAAAUUAAAACAACCUUACUUGUACAUUCAUUUCUUAACCUACAGAGGAACGGAAGUACAUAUAGUUAUGUACUUUUUAAAACGGACACUGUUUCAAUAUUUUGUCUCAUAUGAAGAUAUGUCAAUAUGUAUUUACCUUCUCGCUCGCACUUUGAAAGAUGUGUUUCGUAAAUGGGACAGUUAUUUCAUUUUAAAUAUAAUGAAAAUAAAUAUAUUUGAAA